UUUGUCAGUUGUUGAUAAAAUGUCACUGUCAGUUUUGCAGCUAGCUAUUGUUUUGGAGAGACCUAAUUUAAUAUUUUUUGAUAUUUUGUGCUAAAUAAUCAAUGAAGGUAUUAAAAACAUGUAAUUGAAUGAAUUUUAUUUUAAGUGCAAUGUGUGUGAAUCAUCGCCAUGCUGUAUACAAUACAUAAUGUUUUGAGGUUAUGUCGACGACAAACAGUGUACCUAAAUAAACGUUUAACACAAACGCGAGCCGUGACCGGCGCGGAGCACGAACAGAAAGGCCAGAAACAAAGCGAGACGAAAGACUUUCCACACUUGCUACAGAAAUAUAAAGAUAAAAUCACGUUUAAUAACUACUUAGAAAAGGAUAAGUUGAAAUUAGGUUAUUUUAAGUACUAUAAGAAAACUGUAAGACAAGCGAAACAGAAUGUUAGCACAGAAUAUGAGGAGAAGCGUAAGCCCCCCCUCCCAGUCUCCUUACAGUACUAUGUAGAUAAGGGUCGACUCCUGCAAGAUGAAAAUGUGGAAAUUACCUCUGCACCUGACAAGCAAUUCCAAUUGCCUUUUGGAACAUCUACGAAGAUAGAAUUUGAUGACAAAGACGUGGCUCCACCUAAAAUCGAUGUCAAUCCUAGUAACACUGAACAGGAAUUUGAUCGCUCAAAUAUAAAUAGGUGGAUGACUAACUAUGAGUACUUUGAUGAUACUAAAUUGUCAUCGGAGGAGAUAGACGAUGAAGAUUGGCAUGAUGAAGAAUGGAGCAAGCACUAUGGAACUCCUGACCCUACAGCAGCCGUGAGCAGCGUGCCUUGUGGGGGCUGUGGGGCCCUCUUACACUGUAGCGACCCCGCCAUCCCCGGGUACCUGCCCAGUGAGAUCUUCAAGAACAGACAAGAAGAUGAACUGAAGACACUGGAGUGCCAGAGGUGUCACUUCCUCAAGGAGUACAAUAUUGCAUUAGAUAUCAGUGUGCAGCCAGAAGAGUAUGAGAAACUGUUGCAAUCUAUCAGGAAUGUGAAAUCUCUGGUGCUGUUGAUGGUGGAUCUGCUGGACUUCCCGUGCUCCAUAUGGCCCGGCAUUGUGGACAUCAUUGGCAAGCACAGACCUAUCAUUGUUGUUGCCAACAAGGUGGAUCUGUUACCUGGCGACAGUCAUGGAUACUUAAAGCGUGUGAAGCAUUCACUCGUGACAGAAAUCAGGAAGACUAAACUGGGUGAAGCUAACAUCAAACAUAUUGCUUUGAUAUCAGCUAAAACAGGGUAUGGCGUGGAGGACCUGAUCUCAGCCAUGUUCAAGCAGUGGAUGUACAAGGGCGACGUGUUCCUCGUCGGGUGCACCAAUGUCGGCAAGAGCUCCUUGUUCAAUGCACUGCUUCAGUCAGACUACUGUAAAGUGCACGCUACGGACAUCAUCAAACGCGCCACAGUCAGCCGCUGGCCAGGAACAACACUCAACCUUUUGAAAUUCCCUAUAAACAGACCUUCAGGAUGGAAAAUAUACCAAAGAUCGCGAAGAUUGAACUCAGAAGCCAAACUAUACAAAGUAGAGAAGCAAAUUAGAAACGCUCAGUUGGACGGGAAAAUACCGACAGAAGCACCUGCCUUGAUAGGUCAUAUUGGACGAUCAUUUUCUGAGCUUCAUGAUCUCGAUAAAAAUGAGACAUUCAAAGAGAAAAAAAAUAUUUUUGACGAAAAGGACAAGCUUUUUGCAAACAGUAAAUGGCUAUAUGACACUCCUGGGGUUAUCCAUCCUGAUCAAGUGCUCUCACUCCUUAGCACUGAGGAACUACUUGUGACCAUUCCAAAACAGCUGAUCAGACCACAAACAUAUUUCUUGUAUGAAGGUUCGACGAUAUUUAUUGGCGGGUUGGCGCGAAUUGAUCUUGUCAAUAGUUCGGAACCUUGCCGCUUUACAAUAUUUUGUUCCGAGUGUCUGCCAAUAACUGUCACCAAGACUGAAGACGCUGAUGAGAUUUACGAGCAGUUUGUAGGUACAGAACUGUUCGCCGCUCCGAGCGGAGGAGCUGAGAGACUUAAGAACUGGCCGGGGCUGCAGGAAGCCGCCGAAUUGUUGGAAUUCUCUGGUGAAGGACCGAAGACUGUCUGCGGAGACAUAGUGCUCUCGUCCGUGGCGUGGGUCGGCGUAACGGCUAAAACGGAGACGACCUGCAAGAUUCGCGCGUGGACACCGGGAGCCCGGGGCAUCUACAGACGACAACCCUCCAUUCUGCCGUUCUCAAUAAAUUUGAAAGGCAAGAGACUUCGCGAUACGCCAGCGUACACGAUUGGAAAGGUUUUUUUCUGAAUAGUUUGUAACGAUAGUUACGUAUUAAAAUAUGUAAUAGUAA